GAGAGCACAGAGCGGGGUUUUGCGCAAUGGCUUUCCUCCUUUUUAAAAUUUAGUAUACUUUAUAGGCUACCUGCACUUUAAACUGUUCAUGCACAUGAAACACAAGUCUGUUGAUUACAUUUCGACAUUUUCGACGCCAAAAAUAGCCUAUGACAGCAGGAAAGAUGUGGACUAUACCCAAACCCCGAUAUAGGAACUACAACAGCUUGGACACGAGGGAUGAAGCCGAGAUAGCCGUGAACAUUGGCGGGGUGAAGCUCGUUUUAUACGGGGAUGUGCUUAACCGCUACCCGGAGAGUCGACUUGCAGAACUUAUCAACUGCUCAACACUGAAUUAUGACAUUAUCUACUCACUUUGUGAUGACUACGACCCCGGUAAAAGGGAGUUUUAUUUUGACCGGGAUCCUGACGCUUUCAGAUGUAUCAUUGACGUGUAUUACUUCGGUGAGAUUCACAUCAAACGAGGAAUCUGUCCCAUUUGUUUUAUUAAAGAGAUGGAAUUCUGGAAAAUUGACCAAAGCUAUUUGGACGAGUGCUGUAAAAGUGACUUGACUGAAAAGGAGGAAGAGCUGGCUGAGAUUGCCAACAAAGUGAAGCUUAUCUUGGAUGAUCUAGAUGUAGUCCCUUCUGUCAACCGCUCAGUGCGGUACCAAAAGUUCCUUUGGAAACUCAUGGAGAAACCGGAAUCCUCAUUGCCUGCGCGCAUUAUCGCCAUUGCAUCUUUCCUCUUCGUCCUUGUGUCAUCCUUGGUGAUGUGCGUGGGUACCAUUCCAGAAGUCCAAAUGGAGGACGACGAGGGAGACCUUGUGGAACACCCAACGCUGGAGGCCAUCGAGACAGCCUGCAUAGGCUGGUUCACCGUAGAAUAUCUGCUGCGUUUUAUGUCCUCCCCAAACAAACUGCACUUUUUCCUAUCCUUUAUGAACAUAAUAGACUUCAUGGCUAUCAUGCCCUUUUACGUGGUGCUGACCCUAACUUACCUGGGUACGGCCAUGAUGGAUCUGGCCAAGGUCCAGCAAGCGGUCCAGGCGCUUCGCAUCAUGCGUAUUGCCCGGAUCUUCAAACUGGCGCGUCACUCCUCCGGGCUACAGACUCUCACCUAUGCGCUGAAGAGGAGUUUCAAAGAGCUGGGGUUGCUCCUUAUGUACAUGGGCAUAGGGAUAUUCGUGUUCUCAGCACUGGGCUACACCCUGGAGCAAAGCCACCCGGAGACCCUCUUCAGUAGCAUCCCACAGUCCUUCUGGUGGGCUAUUAUCACCAUGACGACCGUAGGCUAUGGAGACAUUUACCCCAAAACCACGCUCGGAAAGUGCAACGCAGCCAUCAGCUUCCUGUGUGGGGUGAUAGCCAUCGCGUUGCCCAUUCACCCCAUUAUCAACAACUUCGUUAUUUUUUACAAUAAGCAGAGAUUGCUCGAGACUGCGGCCAAGCACGAGCUGGAGCUCAUGGAGUUGCAGUCUAGCGAGGACUCAAUGGUGAAGGCCACGCGCAAGUCGGGCGCAUUGGAGAGCUCUAUGCGCACCUCGCGUAGUGAUAAUUCUAUACCACUUAUUGAGGAAUCAACCAGGACUUUGAAGUCGAAAAAGUAUUGCUCCGAAACAGAAUCGUUUUAACUUGACAUAGACAUAGGCCUAUUGUAUAGUGACGUGUUUCUAUUCGACGAGGUAUUUCCUCCUGUAGCUUCUACACAGUAAAUCAAGGAUAGUUGAAAUCACAGUGUUAAAAACAUUUGGGUUAAAUUGACUCUACUAGGAGUUAUUUUAACCCCCAAGAGAGUGAUAUGCUCUGUGGAGUUAGUGUUGAUAACUGGAGUUGAAUUUCCCAGCUUGCUCUGUUGAAGCUUGAUUUAUUAAAUUGUUUGUUUCAAUAUCUGUGUUUUUGCAUGCACAUUGGUUGUUUUUUUAUCUUAUGCUACACAAAUAUAAGAAACUUAGAUUUUUCUAAACUAAUCCAAUCGGUAAAUGGUUGGAUUUCUAGCAACCAGUAGUGAGAUAGUUGUUCCAGUUUAUAUGGUGUAGUUGGUAGUCUCCAUUGUACUGUAUUUUCUUCCCUAUCAUGACAGGUGUUCUAUAAGCAAAUUAUGGGGAUGUAAAAUUGUUGGAUAUCUUCCUGCAAGUUGGAUUCCAGUAGAGAUUUCAUUUCACAUUACAAACCACCAUAAUGUGAAACAUUAAGAAAUAUUCAUAUAUGUUUUUAACACCCUUAUAACACAAAGGAAGUAAACCGAAAGAGAAAUGUACUCUGCUGGAGGUGAUUGUUAAUUCAAAACAACACUGAAAAUAGUAAAAUGUCAAUUGGUGUUACAUUUAAGCAACUCUCUUGAGAGUUGGAAAUUUACUCCAUUUAGUGUUGUUUUAAAUCCCAAAAUAUCAACACCAUGAUCAGAGUAGUUUUAACACAAAAUGGGGGUGGAACCAUAUAAACCCCCAAAUAGUGUUACAUUUCACUCCAUAGGAGUUGAAUUCACUCUUGUGAUUUUACCAUGUACAUGUGGGUCUGGUGACUCUAGUCAGUCUACAGCAAACAUCAAGAAUUGAG